GUUUUAAGUGACUGGGACGGGCUGGGGGUACCCGUGCUUCUCUCCUGCCUCUUGCCUCUUAUUUGCUCUCUGCUGCCCUUUUGGGCCCAAGUAUUUCUCGGGACCUUAGCCCAAGCGCCUGGGGUGCCUGGGGGGCGGACCACAGGGAGCCACGCAGUCCAGCGCCUCGAUAGUUCGUGGCCACCGCGCUGGCUCGAGGGCCAGCGAAACAGUUGUUGUGGCGGCGGGGGAGGCGCGGCCGAGGAGGCGGUGCCCAUCGCGGCGCGGGCUCGGAGGGUCGGCGAGCCGGACAGCAUGGCUGCGCUCGUGCAGAUGAUCACCGGGCUCGCCGCGGCCACCACCCUCAGGCGCUGGGUCAGAAGAGCCACUCCGGCGCUCCCUACGGCAGCCGGCACAAAGGACGAAGACGGGCACUUGAUCUUGGACAUGUUUCAGGGGUUGGUGCAACUUGCAGAGCCCAGUGAGGAGGA